AUGUCGUCCGUCAAGAAGUCGGGUUCGCCCGUUGCGGUCUCUCAUGAUCAGCAUUCAACUCCAGUGCCACCGGAGAAACCUGCCAUGUCCGCCUCACCACCUCGCAUACUGAUCAUUGGAGCUGGUUCUCGCGGCCAGGCCUACGCUCGCGCGACCGAGACCUCCAGCAACGGUGUCGUGGUCGCUGUAGCUGAACCCAUUGCCUACAAGCGACAGACAUUCGGCCGAACCUACAUCUGGGGCUUGGACACUCCGCAGGAAGGACAGCAGUUCGCCGACUGGACCGAGUUUCUCGCAUACGAGACUCGCCGUCGCGAGAGAGAGGCUGCUGGUGAAGAUGUGCCCCCUGGCGUCGAUGCCGCCUUCAUAUGUGUUCUUGACGAAAUGCACCGCGAUGUUGUCGUUAGCCUUGCACCUCUGGGUCUGCACGUUAUGUGUGAGAAACCCCUGGCGACAUCCCUCGCCGAUUGUCUCGACAUGUUUGACGCCCUCAAGCCGCCUGCCGGCCAAGAGCCUAGGAACGUCUUCUCGAUUGGUCAUGUUCUCCGUUAUAGUCCACACAAUAUGCUCCUUCGCAAACUUCUUCUCGAGGAUCGUGUCAUUGGCGACAUUAUCAACAUUGUGCACACUGAGCCAGUAGGAUGGUGGCACUUUACACACUCGUACGUGCGCGGCAACUGGCGAAACGAAAAGACGACAGCACCAAGUCUUCUGACCAAGAGCUGCCACGACAUUGAUCUGCUUCUCUGGCUUCUCAGUGCUCCCGUCAGAGCCGGACAGGGUAGUCCCCAUCUUCCAUCCACUGUUUCGUCGACCGGUUCUCUGCAACUGUUCAGGAAAGGCCGCAAGCCCGCCGCGGCAGGCAACGCAACGAACUGUUUGACCUGUCCGCUGGGCGAGGAAGGGUGCAAGUACUCAGCCAGGAAUGUUUACCUGGGUCCAGACCUCAAGGGUCUUGGUUCUGGGAAUACUGACUGGCCGAUCAGCAUCGUGCUUCCAGAGAUCGAGGAUUUUCCCACCACAUCCGAACGGAACAAAGUCCUGGCGGCCAAGCUUGCCGAAGACUACGAUGAGAAAACCCCCAAGGACGUAGUAGCUUCGCGCAAUUGGUUCGGACGCUGUGUGUUCGAUGCGGAUAAUAACGUCUGCGACCAUCAAACUGUAACCAUCACUUGGGAAGAUGCCACGACGGGAACUGCAGAAGCACCCAAGCAAUCCAAAUCAGCCACACUGCACAUGGUCGCGCACACGAAGAAGAUAUGUGAGAGGUAUACGCAUAUUUAUGGCGUCGACGGCGAAGUCUACGCCGACUCUCGUACAAUCACCAUCGAUGACUUCAACACGGGCGCCACUCACUCAUAUCAUCCGACUAUUGAAGAUGCCGGCCAUGGUGGUGGUGACAAGGGCCUUGCGCGGCAGUUCAUACUGGCGGUAGACCGAGUCAAGAACCACGGCUGGACAGCAGAGAGAGCUCAAAACGAGUUCAUUGGGUGCUCCCUCGAAGAGGUCAUUCGCUCGCAUGCUAUGGUAUUCGCGGCGGAAGAGGCGAGAACCGGGAAGAAGGUUGUCGAUUGGGAAGAAUGGUGGUCGAGGAAGGUUACAAACAACGGCAGUGGGUGA